AUGGAUGCCUCCGCUACACUUCAGACCUGUCAAUCGCCGCUGUAUAGACCACUGGAAUAUCCCAACCGCACUAUUAGACUGCUUAUUCUUCAACCAUCGGCAAGCCCUCUCACAAUACUAGAGGGAAGUCUCCAUCCUGUAUCACUCGAUCUCCGUCCAGCGUACCUGGCUUUGUCAUACGUGUGGGGUGAUGCAAAAAACACCCAGUCCAUGGCAGUAGAUGGCCAUGAUGUUGCUGUGACUGUCAAUCUCGCGUACGCGCUGCGUUGUGCCAGAUUACCAGAUAAGCCAGUUGUUAUCUGGGCAGAUGCUCUGUGCAUCGACCAGACAAACGACGAAGAGAAAUCAGUUCAGAUCCAGCUCAUGGGCGCGAUAUAUCAGAAUGCAUACAAGGUUCUUGCGUGGUUAGGCGUAAGCGACCACGACAGCGACCACGCGAUAGACAUUCUCAAUAAAAUGGCGACUGCGAUCAAGCAAGAACAGGACCCGCAGGAUGAAGAUGGAAGCUCCAUUGCCGAUGGUGAGACCAGCAGUGAUGAAGAGGAGCCGGGAUGUACCAGAAUGGGAACGUUGCAGGUCAAGGUCAUUCAGACUGAAGAAGAAGUGACUGCAAGCAUGGAUGGUAUCUCCAAGGACCUGAACGGCCCUAAUUGGCUCCAGCAUUUACCGGAACUGUGGAAAAAAGACACGCAAGAGCUCUCUUCUUUUCAAAAUCGUGCGUGGGAUGCCAUUGCGCAGAUCUUUAAAAGGCCCUACUGGAGUCGUGUCUGGAUAUACCAAGAGCUGGUACUCGCCUCCAAUCUCCACUUGCAUUGCGGAGAAAAGUCUAUUAGCUGGCAAGACCUUUCCUUAGCUGCUUUCAGGACCGACCUCAUGCUCAAGAGGGCUGACCACCCGCCGCUCUGCUUUUCUCGUUCUCUCUGGUCAAAGCUCACUUCUCGACCUAUGCAUCAAGUUGUGCUCGUACGACAUGACAAGCAGCAGAUGGCAAAGGGCGCCAUCCCUUCGUUAUACAACCGUAUAGAACUUCAGCGGCUACUCGAGGCAUCAAAUCCCAGAGAUCUUAUCUAUGGCCUGCUUGGGGUUUCCCAAGCAAGUGUUGUGGUAGAUUAUUCGAAGCCUCUUCACCAAAUCUAUCACGAUUAUGCCAGUGGCUGGAUACGAUGGGCUUGUGCCCAGAACUCCUCCACUACCCCUCUGAGCUCUAUGAUGGUGCCUGUGGUAUGGGCAGGUAUCGGGUACGAGACUCGCACACAAAUGCCCUUUUCGGCCCCAUCCUGGGUCCCCAACAUACAAAAAUCUCGACAAUUAUCAAACGCCUUGACCAGAUCCGGAUGUUUAUUUCAAGCUUGUGGUAGAACGAGACUGGAAAACGCAGUUACAUCCAUUGAUGGGAAUUUUCUACAUUUGCGAGGACACUUAUGUGACAAGAUCACACAGACCUGGCCUUUACCCUUUGCCGCGGACACCUUCCGCGGAGAUUUACCUCGCAUAGCAGAUGCCAUGUCAGCGAGACAUCAAGCCAAGGAACAUCCGAUGAGAAUCCCACUCUUAGACCUGCUGUUUCGCACGGUACUCAUAGGGCGUUGGCCUGGUACUGAUUAUCCCUUGUCGGUUUUGAGCAUAUCGACGAACGAUGAAUUCAUGUGGAAACGGCGUUUCAUUCACGACCUCACCAAGCACAAAUUUGCAGAGCUACACAAGUCCAGCAAUGACGAAACUGAACAGUCUCUGAGGGACCGUAUUCUUAGACAGUGGCAAGUUGAAGGGCCACCACGGUCCUGGGGAGAGGUCAUUGUGAACAUCACAAGUGCGGAGCAAUUUUGGAACACAUAUACAGCGGGCGAGAAUGAUGGAUGGGAAGAGUUCCUUAUUGUGUCUAGGCGCAACAUAAAAGACACGUGUCUUUUCAAAACAACUACAGGAUACUUUGGCUUAGGACCUUUGAUGAUAGAAAGCAGCGAUUUGAUCUGUAUCUUUCCAGGGGUUCGCCUCCCCACGAUAUUGCGUCCUAAAGGCAACCAUUUCCAGCUUGUGGGAACCUGCUAUGUCUAUGGACUGAUGGACGGCGAAGCUGUGGGCAAUGAUGUUCAGGCCUGGGAGGCUUCUUUAUCCGAUUUUGUUCUCAUGUAG